AUGGAGUCCGAAACCACCUCAACAAAGCCUGUCGAGGCAACAGCUGCGCUGGUGGACAGCUCGGGCGAGCCUCCGUUGAAAAAGGCAAAACUGGAGCAGUCUGCAAAGAGCGAUACUCCCGGUCGAAUCAAGGGUAUUGCCCAGGUUAAAGCCGAAUAUCUGAUUGCCUCCGCCCCGCGACGACAGGCCGAUGACGAAAAUCCGGACAACCUUGCUGAGGCGGAAGGUCAAGGUGAGGGGGAAGCAAACGGCAAGAAGAAAAAGAAGGACAACAAGAACAAAGGUCAGAAUACCGCACGCAAGUUUGCCAGGUCAAAGGAUGCAAAGGGCCUGUGUGGGACGAGAGCUCUGCGGCCCGAGUUCUCGCCGGACGAGUGUCACUUUGGCGAGAAGUGUAAGUUCGAACACGACUUGCGGCUGUACCUCAAGGAACACAAGCGUGAUGACCUUACAACCCUGGGCGGCCUGUGUCCUGUGUGGGAUGCCAAGGGCCAGUGCUUUGCCGGGUGGAAAUGUCGCUUUGUGGGCUCGCAUAUGGCAGAGCGUGAGACGGACGAUGGACGCAAAGAGCUGGUUCUGGUCGAGGAUGAGGACCGCAAGAGAAAGGCUCGGCCUCUGGUUGCCCAUGCGACUGAAGAGGGUAUUGCCAAUAACGUCCCCAUAGAAGUGAAAUCGGCUCUAUCGAAGAAGAAGGUUCCAAUGCCCCGCUCGGAUGCCAUCUUGACCUGGCUGAACAAGACAUCCAAAGAGCUGGAGAACAGUAUCCAUGGCCGCGCCAUGGACGAUGUCGACCUCACCCCCGAAGACCGGCUGAAUCUAGACAGAGAGCGCGUGGAAGAGAACCGGGCUCAGUUCACGGAGCCGCCGUUUCUACCCUCGGAGAAGAGACGGAUUUACUUUGGACCAGAGACCCCGGCCCUCGCGCCUCUCACCACCCAGGGUAAUCUCCCCUUUCGACGCCUCUGUACAGAGCUGGGCGCCCAGUUCACCUAUUCGGAGAUGGCCAUGAGCAUGCCCCUGCUCAAUGGAUCCAAGUCUGAAUGGGCCCUUCUGCGAGCACAUGAGUCUGAGAUGACGCCGCCGACGGUCAACAGCUCCCGGGACGACAUUGUCCAGGGCUAUGACAACUCCAAGGACCUCAAGUUCGGCGCCCAGAUUGCGGCGAACAAGCCCUUCCAGGCCCUCAAGGUGACAGAGGCGCUGUCGGCCUACUGCCCGAGCCUUCGUGUCAUCGACCUGAACUGCGGUUGCCCCAUCGAUCUGGUUUACCGCGAGGGAGCCGGUUCUGCACUGCUCGACCACGCAUCGAAGCUGGAGAAGAUCUUGCGCGGCAUGAACUCGGUUUCCAAGGAGAUCCCCAUCACGGUGAAGAUUCGUAUGGGGACAAAGGAUAACUCGCCCAAUGCCCAGAAGCUGGUAGAACGUUUCAUCCUCGGAGGGUACGAGGCCAACGUGCUGCAAGCGGGCCCGCCGGGUGUCGCAGCCAUCACCCUCCAUGGCCGCAGUCGCCAGCAGCGGUACACCCGCCAGGCCGAUUGGGAGUACAUCUCCGAGACGGCCGCCCUCAUCAAGAGGCUCAACGAAAAGGCGAACACCGUGGCCGACACGAUCCGCGAGCCGGACGAGCGCUAUCUGCCCAACGGGGGCCGUGUCUACUUCCUCGGCAACGGCGACUGCUACUCGCACGAAGAGUACAACGAUCACAUCCAGCACGCCGGCGUCGACACCGUCAUGCUGGCCCGUGGCGCGCUGAUCAAACCGUGGCUGUUCGAAGAGAUCCAGGCGGGCCAGUACCUCGACAAGUCCGCUUCCGAGCGGCUGACCCUCGUCGAGAAAUUCACCAAGUACGGCUUGGAGACCUGGGGCUCGGACGAGCACGGCAUCGGCACCACCCGGCGCUUCCUCCUCGAAUGGCUGAAUUUCACACACCGCUACGUCCCCGUCGGCCUGCUCGAAUACCUGCCGCCCAACCUCAACGAUCGUCCCCCUGCUUGGCGCGGCCGCAACGAACUGGAAACUCUCAUGGCCAGCGACAACUACAAGGACUGGAUCAAGAUCACAGAAAUGUUCCUUGGCCCGGUCCAGGAAGGCUUCAAGUUCGAGCCCAAGCAUAAAUCCAAUUCCUACGAGGCAGAGGGUUGAGUAGUAAGACGAUACUAGUAAAUAUUCCAC